AUGGGGACUGUGCUCAUUGAACGUACGUGGUCUGAGCUGGAGAAGUGGCUUCUGGUGGCUGUGUUGGGACUGGAGAUGACCAUGGGAGUUGUUGGAAACUGUCUUGUUCUGAUUGUCAAGGUCAUGUGCAGGGGUCAGUUCUGCUGUCGUUACUGGCUGCCUUUCGUCAGUCUCACCUUGUCAGACUUAGGCUGCUCCGUCCUCAUCAUCUCUGGGUCCAUGCUGGCCAUCCUAACGGGAGGUCAGAGUUCACCAUGGUGUGAGGUCGUCAGCCUGCUGAAGUUUGCGUUCAUCACCUCAUCUAUCGGGAGCAUAGCUAUCCUCUGUGUGCAGCGGCAGAUUGGUAUGGCCACCACAGGAAAUGCUCCCUUUGUUGUCAUGGUGAUUGGAUGCAUGGCUUCUUGGGUGACAGGGUCAGUGUUCGGGAGCAUCCCUGUGAUCUAUGCCUGGAUCAGGUACGACCCUGCAGAGAUGCUAUGCGCCGUCUUCUGGGAGAGCAGCUACUCAGACAUGCUGGUCUACAUUCUCUGUGCUUUCUCCCUCUGCAUCUUCCUCCCCUUCCUCCUCAUCUUGGGUUGCUGCGUACUAAGUGCCACUGGCUACUGUUCCAGCUGCAAAAAUGAUGAGGAGUCUGAUCUGUCUGAAGUGUCUCCUCUGUUGGUGGCUUCAUACAUGGUCUGCUACACUCCGUUUUUUGUGUCCGAGCUGAUCCUGCUGGGUAGAUUGGACCUGUCACCGGCGCCUGAUUGGUUAAGGACUCUGUCAUCAGUGAUGUCAUAUUUGGACUGUGGUCUGAACCCUCUCAUCUACUGCUCCCAUCGGAAUUUCCGGGAGGCGGGCCUGGCUCUGCUGUGGACCAAAAGAAAACCAGAGUCGGAGCCUGUUCUCAUCGGUAUCACUAAAGUGAUCCACAUUUAAAUUUCAAAGGGAAACCACAACUAUUACACAACUUAC